AUGCCUUCCACUCGUUCUGCUUCAGUAAUAGUAUCUUCUUCAAGUUCAAAUUCAACUUCUACUCCGUCUGAUACAUUUAUCCCUAAAUUAGUUACAGUAAAUCGAUCAUCUGGUAAUUCUUCAUCUAUAACAACAGAUAUUAAUCUUAUUAAAGAAGCACAAUCUCGAAAUCUUUUUGAACAUUUAUCAUUAAUUAAUUAUAAUGAAAAACUAAUCAAACAAACUGAUUGUGCUAUUUGUCUAAUUGAUUUUAUGCCUAAUGAAAAAGUUCGACAAUUACCAUGCGAUGGUGCACAUAUAUUUCAUCCAACAUGUAUAGAUGGAUGGUUACAAAAAAGUCUAACAUGUCCACAAUGUUCAACAAAUGUUGAUGCUGCACUUUUACUUAAAUUUAUUCCAAAUUCGAAGAAUAAUAAUGAUGAUGAUGAUGAUGAUUGA